CAGUUCUUUCCCCCGUGGGUGUCGCUAAUAGAAGUGACUAUGAGGUGGCUCUUACUUUUACUCUGGGGGGCAAUGGGCCAUGGAUUGGUACGCGUGCCGCUGCAGAGAGGGACAUCUCUCAGACAGACGCUGAUAGAAAGUCGGUUUCCAGAGAAUCUUUUUCACUCCUUAUCGAUGGACUUAGCCGGGAAAUAUUCCUCUCUUCUGGAUAACACCCAUCUCUCCUUUAUAGAACCUCUAACCAACUACAUGGAUAACCAGUACUUUGGCACAAUCUCUAUUGGAACCCCACCACAAGAAUUCAACGUAGUGUUUGAUACUGGAUCUGCAAACCUUUGGAUUCCUUCUGUUACCUGUUCCAGUGCAGCCUGCACAAAUCACAAUCAGUUUGACCCCAAACUAUCCUCCACGUUUCAGCCUGGGAAUAAAAUGGUUUCUAUUUCCUAUGGAACUGGGAGUAUGAGUGGAGCCUUGGGAUUUGACACUGUGCAGGUGGGCGACAUUGUUGAUAGAAACCAAGGGCUGUUGCUGAGUGAGACGGAGUCCAUCUUUCUAUUUUAUUCCAAGUUUGAUGGGAUUCUGGGCCUGGGGUAUCCGAGCCUCUCAGUGGGGGACGUUACCCCCGUGUUUGACAAUAUGUGGAAAGAGGAGCUAAUAAACGAGGAUCUUUUCUCCGUCUGUCUAACCAGCCACAAGGGGAGUGCGGUGGUUUUUGGUGGAAUUGAUGGUUCCUGCUUUGCAGGGGGGGAGCUACAGUGGGUGCCGGUCACGGCUCAGAAAUACUGGCAGAUAACAGUGGACAGCGUCACCAUCAAUGGGCAGAUCAUUGCUUGCAGGGAAAGCUGUCAGGCAAUUGUAGAUACUGGCACCUCUGUCAUUGCUGGGCACCCAGGCGCAAUAAGGACCAUCCAGGGAGCCAUUGGGGCCAAGGCAGAUAAAUAUGGACUGUUCACUGUGAGCUGCGAGUCGGUCAGUUCUUUGCCUGAAAUCAUCAUCACAAUCAAUGGGAUCGGAUACCCCCUGCCGGCCCGGGCUUAUAUCAGCCAGUUCCCCGGCUCGUGCAGCAGCGGCUUCCAGGCCACCUCCGGCCCAUGGAUCCUGGGAGACAUCUUCCUCAGGGAGUAUUUUACUGUAUUCGACAGAGGCAACAACCGGAUUGGGUUUGCUCCCGCUCCGAAGCUCUAACCCUUCCCAGAACCACUUUCUUCUUAUUUACUCUCAAAUGCUCCAAUCUGUGGCUCCGAUAUUGCCCAGUGUUUGUUAUUCCCUGAUUUGGGUUUGAAAAUAAACAUCUGCCAACAACAUA